CCGACAGGAGCGAGCGCAGCCUCGUGCCCGCCGCCCGUGCCCGCCACCGCCACCACCGCCACCGCCACCGCCCCCGGGGCAUGGCCUGUCUGAUGGCCGCUUUCUCGGUCGGCACCGCCAUGAAUGCCAGCAGUUACUCUGCAGCCAUGACGGAGCCCAAGUCGGUGUGCGUCUCGGUGGAUGAGGAGCUCUCCAGCCACAUGGAGGCCACGGAGACGGACUUGCUGAAUGGACAUCUCAAGAAAGUGGACAACAGCCUCACCGAGGCACAGCGCUUUUCCUCCCUCCCGCGGAGGGCGGCUGUGAACAUAGAGUUCAAGGACCUUUCCUACUCUGUUCCCGAAGGCCCCUGGUGGAGGAAGAAAGGAUACAAGACCCUCCUAAAAGGAAUCUCUGGGAAAUUCAACAGCGGGGAGCUCGUGGCCAUCAUGGGUCCAUCCGGGGCUGGGAAGUCCACGCUCAUGAACAUUCUGGCUGGAUACAGGGAGACCGGCAUGAAGGGGGCAGUGCUCAUCAACGGCCUGCCUCGGGACCUGCGCUGCUUCCGGAAAGUGUCCUGUUACAUCAUGCAGGACGACAUGCUGCUGCCCCACCUCACCGUGCAGGAGGCCAUGAUGGUGUCUGCACAUCUGAAGCUCCAGGAGAAAGAUGAAGGCAGGAGGGAGAUGGUCAGGGAGAUCCUGACAGCUCUGGGCCUGUUGUCAUGCGCCAACACGCGGACAGGGAGCCUCUCCGGGGGCCAGAGGAAGCGCCUGGCCAUCGCGCUGGAGCUGGUGAACAACCCUCCCGUCAUGUUCUUUGACGAGCCCACCAGUGGCCUGGACAGUGCCUCCUGCUUCCAGGUGGUCUCCCUGAUGAAAGGGCUGGCUCAGGGGGGCAGAUCCGUCAUUUGCACCAUCCACCAGCCCAGCGCCAAGCUCUUCGAGCUGUUCGACCAGCUUUAUGUCCUUAGUCAAGGACAAUGUGUGUAUCGGGGGAAAGUCUCAAAUCUUGUACCGUACUUGAGGGAUUUAGGUCUGAACUGCCCUACCUACCACAACCCAGCUGAUUUUGUCAUGGAGGUCGCGUCCGGUGAGUAUGGCGACCAGAACAGCCGCCUGGUGAGAGCCGUCCGGGAGGGCAUGUGCGACCCGGACUUCAGGAGGGAGCCUGGUGGGGAUGCCGAGGUGAACCCCUUCCUCUGGCACCGGCCCUCCGAAGAGGUAAAGCAGGAGAAACGAUUGAAGGGGUUGAGAAAGGAUGCCAGCUCCAUGGAGGGCUGUCAUAGCUUCUCGGCCAGCUGCCUCACCCAGUUCUGCAUCCUCUUCAAAAGGACCUUCCUCAGCAUCAUGAGGGAUUCGGUCCUGACGCACCUGCGGAUCACCUCCCACAUUGGAAUCGGCCUCCUCAUUGGCCUGCUCUACUUGGGGAUCGGGAACGAAGCCAAGAAGGUCUUGAGUAACUCUGGCUUCCUCUUCUUCUCCAUGCUGUUCCUCAUGUUUGCCGCCCUCAUGCCCACUGUUCUCACAUUUCCCCUGGAGAUGGGAGUAUUUCUUCGCGAACACCUGAAUUACUGGUACAGCCUGAAGGCCUACUACUUGGCCAAGACCAUGGCCGAUGUCCCCUUCCAGAUCAUGUUCCCCGUGGCCUACUGCAGCAUUGUGUACUGGAUGACGUCGCAGCCUUCCGACGCCGUGCGGUUCGUCCUGUUUGCUGCACUGGGCACCAUGACCUCACUGGUGGCCCAGUCACUGGGCCUGCUGAUCGGAGCCGCAUCCACAUCCUUGCAGGUGGCGACCUUUGUGGGGCCUGUCACGGCCAUCCCUGUCCUCCUCUUCUCGGGGUUCUUCGUCAGCUUUGACACGAUCCCAGCCUACCUGCAGUGGAUGUCCUACAUUUCCUACGUCAGGUAUGGCUUCGAAGGGGUCAUCCUCUCCAUCUAUGGCCUCGACCGAGAAGAUCUGCACUGUGACAUCGACGAGACGUGCCACUUCCAGAAGUCAGAGGCCAUUCUCCGGGAGCUGGAUGUGGAGAACGCCGAGCUCUACCUGGACUUCAUUGUCCUCGGGGCUUUUUUCAUCUCCCUGCGCCUCAUUGCCUAUUUUGUCCUGAGAUACAAAAUCCGGGCAGAGAGGUAAGCACCUGAAUGCCCCUGGAAAGGAAAACUAGACAUUGUGGCCAAGGGCACCUUCCGGAAUCGCGGCGGUGAGCCCGUGCCUGGUGACGCAGAGACUGCUCUGAUCCGACCCCCGGAAGCUCGCUGGCUCGGCAGGCGUCUCGUGCUGGACUUCGCACAGCCGGGGUGGGUCUUCUCUCCAUUGCCCUUUCUAGCUUUAACUAGGAAGAAGAUGUGGAAAGGUUUUUUUUUUUUUUUCACAUGCAGAAUUUAAAAAUACCAGAACUGGGGCAGAAUUUGAAGCUGCAGAGCAGCUGGUGAUGAGCGACUUCCGCGGUCAGAUCCCUCCUGUGACCAGGUCACUGGUCCUGGUCCAGGGUCAGGCAGCUCUCAGCUGAUGGCUGUGCAGCUGGACGUCCCAGGGAGGCAGGCGGAGUGAGGAGGGGUUCCGUCUACGACUGUUGUUUUUCAUAGUUUCAUCUUUUUACGGUUUGUCUCUUUUUCCAAUGAGAAGUCAUUUUCCAAGCCAAAAGUUGAUAAUUUUCAUUUGUUUUAAGAAACUAUGUCUUUUUAGUACUUGUUGAAGAAAACAUUCAGGGUAAAUACGUAUCGUAUUUAGAGGUAUAAGGGGUGUAUUGCUGAGCUGGUCUCACUUACAGAGAGAAGGUAUGGAAGAUGUAAACACAGGUUGAGAGAAGGCUUUGGAAACUAUAUGCGCCAAGCCAUGCACAAAUUUUAAAAAGUUAUACAAAAAGCUUAAGAUGAACUUGGCCAACUCUUUCAUUUUCCCCAUGCUUAUGUUAAGCAGAAUACAUUGUUUCUUCCUUCCUAACUUUCUGAGAACUUUCAUUUUGCUCAGAACAUUUCUAGAAGCUCAACCUUCUUGAUUUUUUACGAACAUUUUCUCUGCUCGUGUAUCACACCAGCUACCGUCACUGAACCUGGGAAAGCUGGGCAGAGGGAAUCCCGGGUGUGGGCUGGGGUCUCUGCAGAUGAGCCCGGGACAAGGUCACUGCGUGAGGGCAGAGGCUCGCUGCCCUGCUUUCCCGACCCCUCAGCUGCGCCGUCUUCUCACUGCUGGGCUUGUGUAGACUUCACCCUAGGAAUCCCCUCCUGGCCGUGAUGCAGUCUCCUCGGGAAUCCCUCGGGCAGGGACGGCGGUCACGUCUGCAGGACAGAAGGCCUUUGGCAUCACUAGAGUACAUGGGCAUGGGCCCGAGCCAGCCACCAGAGGCUUGGGGCCACUGGCGGAUGGGGGUUGCAGCCACACAAGGUCAUUUGAAGGAAGAAUAUCAUUAUCCUGGAGUUGGGGUCUUCUGAGGAAAGAUGGUGUUUUUGUGGGGAAAUCCAUUCACCCCUCUGAGCCUGAGUUCCCUCAUCUGUACAUGGCAGCAUUUGUUGGCUUUCAAGGCCAUUUUCAGCUCUAAAGGGUUCUUCUCCCCUGUGGUUAUGUUCCCAAAGCUCUACUUCCUCCUUUAAGAGAUGGAAAGAGCUUAGGUUUUCCUUGCACCCAGAUUUGGUCUGCAAGUGUUUGGAGGCCCCUUUCCACCCUUAGAUGCUCUUUAGUGAGCCCAGUGAGGACACUUCAAAGCAAUUUUCAGUUUGCUUGUUCUGCUCCAAGUUGGCAUCGCCUUCCAGAAUAAGUUAUUAAGCAGGGACAAUCUUGGCCUUUCUGUGUCUUUAUUUCAAGACAGACUUCCUGUACCGCAUUGCAAAGGAGUCCCACGUAGGACAGCCAGUGAGAUACGGCGGGGAGUGUGGGGGGGGCAGGAAAGGUCUUGGAUUAUGUCUCAGAUGACAUCAGGUGAGGUCAGAGUUUAAAGGCCUCUUUCUCCCCAAGUGAGCCCUCCCAGUGGCACAUCCGUGACCUGCUAAGGGCGUGCACGCCAGGGCCCGCACCGCGUAGGACCCCUGUCCCUAGGCCACGGCGGUCCCUCUCUUUCUCUUCAUGAGCCUCUGGCAGCCUUUCUUCAGGCUCAGAUGUUCAUCCCCAGGUAUUUUCCUUCUGCCGUUGUUUUCAGGUAGUUUGAAAACACGCUGAAUUCUAGGGGCCUCAGACAUUGUCUGGUCAACCUCCGGACUAGUCUCUCUGAGCCGCUGUGGCUCAGAGGCAGGCGAUGUGCUGUCUUUCAUUCACUGGAAUUUAAACUGGCCAACUCCCCAAAUCCAAUUCUUUUAGGUAAUUUCUGAUGUAACAACUCGGGCCUCCUUUCACCUCUGUGUAGAGUCUUUGCAUAAAAGGAAGGGUUAGGCCUUGGGUGCAGGGUGCAGAGCCUCCCCAGUUUAGAGCAGGGGAGUGUGAAAACCCCAGGGGCAUCCCCACGAGGAACUGGUGCGCAGGGGCGGCGCCACGGGCUCUGCUGCUGCUCUUGCCCCACCUCCACGCUGCCCGGGUCUCUGCUGGUCCCUCAUCCUGGGACCUGCUGCCUCUGUCCACACUCAGAGCAGUUGUGCUCUCCCCACUUUUCCCAGGAAGGGAAGAAACCUUUUACAUAGAAGAGGCUGGACUCCCAUGGAGUCACCUUGGGGGAGGGACCUUCAGGACCAGGAGUGGGACGUAAGCUUUCAGGUAAAAGCUCAUCCUAGAGGCCCACAGGAAGCCAUUCCCCUCCCCAAGGGAGGGGUAGCCAGGGGGUCAGGGGCAGAGGCCCAGGGGCCAGAAAUCGCCUUUGGGUCCCACCUAGGAGAGAGCGUGGGCCCCAGUGCACUGAGCAUUCUGGGCUGCCGGGCGCUCUGAGCACCGCGCUGGACACCUCACACAUCCCUCUGGUCACCUUCUCGCUCGGCCGACCUUUAUGGACCAUCCCCAGGUGCUCGGUACUGUCCCAGGCCCGGGGACUCGGGGAAGGGAACCCAGAUGGGCUCACCCUCCAGUGCAGGCCAGUGGGACUUCUGUUCCCUGUGCGGGUGCAGGACACCAAGGCUGGAUGAGAGCUAGGACGCUCUGGGGCCCAGGGUCAGGAUAGAGCCGAGAUGGAUUUGAGGCCUAGUGUGACCCUAAAACCCCUAUUUUUUUACUUUGCCAUAUUGCCUCCUGCUCAUAGUGUGUAAACAUACAUGGAAAUGCUCUGUAAGGUGUGAAGUGCAAUACUAGUUUCGUGGCUCUUCAUUUUGGACUUGCUGUCACCAAACAGCUGAGAUGGGAUGGUGGCCUGCCCCCCUUGUCCCCAGUUGUCUCGUCCUGUGCUGGCCCGGGGGGAAGGAGCCCACUCGUUGGUGAUGGCAGCCACCUUCCUUGCCCUUCCUGGGUCUUAGCUCCCUGACGCAGCAUACCUGUGGGCUAGCUGGGGCCAGAGAGGGAGGGCCGGGAGUGCACGCGUGCGUGUGCGGGCAUACACCUGUGUGUGUCAUGGUGUGUGUCUCAUAGUGUCAGUCCGUGGCGUUUCCUUGUCUCUGAUCCUCAAUCGUCCUUCACUCCAAGAAGGAAAGAAAGAUUUUUGUAUCGUGCAGAUGGUCAAGGCGUCGUCAAAACCUUUUAAGGCUUUGAACACAUGCCGGAUCAUUUAGAAGGUGACAAAGAGGAAAGCAAAAUGCCCAGGUCGGGGAGGCUUGAGUAUAUGAAUGUAAAGUUAGAUACUUUAAGAAAUAAAGACUGCUAAUAAAAUAUUUUAUAUAAAACUUU